GAAAGCGGUGAUGCCGUUGUGGUCGCUGGGCUUCUUUGCAGCUGUGCUGGUCGGCAGCGUUCUCUCCAGCUUCAACUCAGCGCUCAAUUCUGCUGCGACCCUGUUCGGCCUGGAAAUCUACAAGGUUUACAUCAACAAGGAGGCGAGUGACAAGCGGAUCGUCUUCGUGUCGACUAUGUUUGGUGGGCUGAUGACAUUGGCUUCUUUUGUCAUCGCACCGCUCUUUGAGCACAUCGACGGAAUCUUCUCCUUCCAACAGCAUGUAAAUACAGUUCUUUCCUUACCGCUUGUCUCCAUCUUUUUUGUCGGCAUCGCCACGUCGCUGCCGGAUGCUUUUGCUGCGAAAGUUGGCUUCGCCGUGGGUGUCGUCGCCAUUGCGGCGGGCCAGUUCGUCCCUGAGCCGUACCUACACUUCUUCCAUGUCUACUUCCUGGCUUUCGUACUUGCGGUCAGCUCUGUCUUGAUCGCUACCUACAUUCCUUGUCUGCGGCGAAUGUGCGGCCGAAUCGGCCGACCGAUUUCCUAUGUGCAACGCACGGACAAGGCUGUCGUUGAUCUUGUGAGGUGGAGGCCUACGUACAUCUUAGUCGCUGGCCUCAUGGUCGUUCUGACCACCUUGAUUGUCUCCUUGCAGAUCGGAUCUGAGGAGCUCUUCUACUCCUUCUGGGCGCUAUGGCUUGUUGUGCUGACUACUCUGCUGUUCUGGACUGCGGCCAGCACACCGGUGCAAAAGAAGGCCGACCUCGGGCGUCAGGCAACAGAGAUGCCAGAGAACCCGAUGGAGGCAGAUGACACAGUCGUCGGAGCGGAGUAUAUCAAGGGCGUCGUCGAGCAGCAAAACUUGUAG